UAACUUUUAUCCGUAUUAACUUAAAUCAAUCUCAAUCUAUUUUAGGUAGUCUAAAAUCUCUAUCAAGCAACGAAAGCCGAUUUCAGUCAAGAUGAGUUCAGAAGCUAUUGCUAAUCGUCUGUCAAUAACGUCAGGUUCAUCAAACAUAUCAUUUGAUGACAGCCAGUCGCAAAUGUCUCGCCAGUCAUUCCAAUCGCGUCAGUCAGAAUCACACGAUGAGGAUGAAGAACACGACGAAGAUGACGACGAUGAGAGUGAUGACUAUGAUGAGAUUCCACAAGAAACAUUAAUUAGAAUACAACUGGAAGCAUUCAUAAAACGAUUAAAUUUAUUCAAAUAUGAUACACUCUCAGAAGACGAAAGAAUAGUACAUUUACAACCUUUUGAAGCUUAUGAAAUGUUUCAAACAAUAGAAACUCUUGAUGAAGAAAUAAAUAACGUAAAAUUAGAGAACUUUGUGCUAGAAGAUUAUUUAAUUAAAAAUGAUGAAAAACUCUUAUUUGGCAUUGAAUCUAGACGAGAUUCUGCUGCGAAAGAAGCAAUGGGGCGGCGUUCAUUCAUGAGUGUUGGCGGCAAAAGCCUUGCCUUUAGUAAACAAUCUCUAACAAAGUCUAUAGGUGCACGUUCAGCUAAGCAAAGAGGAAAACAAAAAAGUCCUGAAGCACUCAACUAUCGUUGUAAGUUAGAAAUCACAGAAAAAUUAGAAAGUGACAUCGGACACGCAAUUAAUCUUGUAAAGUUGAAAGGUAUAACUGAAUUGAAAAAGCAUUUGUCUGUUAUGCAGGAGUUAGAACUUCAAGAGGUCGAUUUAAAUACAGUAACAACUAACUUUCGCUUACGUUUCAUUGAGGCCUUUAAAGAUCCAAGACAAUUGCUACGCUUAUCAGAAGAUCAUCUCAGACCGUUGUUUUUUAGGUUUACUAAACAUUAUAAAAUGUCUGCACAGCUAUUGACUUGUGAAACGCGCCUCAAGGUGUCGUGCCUAAAGGAAGACUAUGCAGCACUACGUGCGGAUCUUGUUGCAAAAGCAGAUUUAGCAAAUGUUAUUACUGCUAUACAUUUUGAACAAUUAUAUAUACAAGCUAGUACGUUUUCAAAAGCUAUCAAUGAAAAGUUGACACAAAUGCAGCUACUUAAGAUUGCUACGGGUGAUUUAAGUAUGACAUUUGCUUUGGAGACUACACGUCUACAAAGAUUGAUGGGAAAAGUCCGUCGUUUAAAUAAUAAGAUAAAGGAUGCAAUGACUAUUCUUCGUCGCUUGGAAAGAGAUAAACAAAAUAAUAUAAAUAGACGAGUUGGAGAAAUUGAUCGUUUACGCACUAUGAGAAAGCUAGUAAGAAGAUAUACAGCACCUACUGUGGAUGAUUAUAUGAUGACUAAACAAGAAUAUUUGGAUGAGGAACAGGACGCAUUGGCAAUGGCACGUGCAAAUGUGAUACUUGCAAUGAAACGUGACAAUGCAAUCAGGUUUUGUGAAGAAGUAGCAAAACGUAGAAGAAGAAAAAGGAGGGCCGAAUUGAGAGGAGAGAUUUAAUCCUAAACUUCUACAGUUCAGCACAAAUGAAUUAAGAACCGUAUAUUUUAUAUAAAUGAAAUAUAUUUUUAUUAUAAUCAGAAGUUUACUUUUCAGCUGUUGACAAUUUGUUGUUAUAAACUUAUUUUCCGUCCAUUAACUUGUUUUAUUAUU